AAUAGUGGAAUGUAAUUGAAAAGAGUACUUUUACAUACGUAUUUUUAUUUUAUUCCAUUAAAAAUGUAUUGCAAACAAAGAUUACUUCCUCUACCAUUCAGAUUUUAUAUCAGAAGCAAUGUUGGAAAGAACUGUUUACAAAAAUGUGUGAUCAUGAGUUAUUGUAAAAGUUUUAAUAAAAUAGCAAUAGGACUACUUUUGUAUAUGAUUUCAACAGUGAAUUGCCACAGUGAGGCUAUAAAAAAUGAAGAAGAGUGUAAAAUAGCCGAUCUGUGCGUUCACGACAAAGUGCCGAUGUGCGGCAUCGACUCCUGCGGCGAGAUGAGGACGUUUAUUGAUACUUGUGACAUGCACGAGUUCAACUGUGACAGUAAAAAAGAUUUCAAGAACCGACCAAUCCACGAAUGUUGGGUGACAUGCAAGAGAGGACGGUCUUUCAAAAAGCCGGAGUUCAGGACGGACUGCAACAUAAAUACCAAAAACAAUAGACUUUAAAUUAAAACACAUAAUUUAAUUUCC